UUCGGUCCAAGAUAAAAUGUCGUGUGAAGAAAAACUUUUGGAAGAUGUGAAUGUCAUUGAUCCAGAGAAAAUUACUGAAAGUUUGGAGAACUUAGUCCUGGGGGCUGAAAAUGAAAAUACUGAAAAAGAAGAAACACUGAAACAAGCACUGGAUGAAUGGGAGAAGUCAGGUAAUUCGUGGGGAGAAGAAAAUGAAUCACAAGACUUUGGAAACGGUGGGUUUAGUGGGGCCUCGGCUCAAAAUAAAGAUAAAUUUACAGAGGUUAAAAGUAAAGAAAAGAAGAAAGAAGAAAAGGAAGAGCCAAAAGAGCGAGUACCAAAAGGAAGACGUUAUGUUAUUUCACAGCUUCAAGAAGCCAGACUUAUUGCAGUGUCGACAUCCCCAAACAAAGAAGAUGAAUGGCCUCUAUUCAUGGAAAUUCCUUGGAAUGUUCUAGUUGAAAUGAAUAAUGAAGAUGCGACAGAUGCAUGCGUUGGGGAUGACAUUUACAUCACUAAAUUCCAGCUCCGUACCGACAAAUUCCAAACCUUGAAUGAAAAUACGUGGUUCUAUCAAGGGAAUAUCAAUUGGCAAGCCACUGCGACUGAAGUGGAGAUGGUUGGAAUACAAGAAUAUAGAAUGAAGACAGGUUUUGUUGUUGAAACUAGGAAGAGGGGAAAAGAUGGAAAGACAGGUUCAAUUCGAGUUAUUGCUUUUGGAAUGGAGCGGACUUCGGUCCUUUAUAAACGUCAGUGUGUAGAAGUGGAUUGGGACAACUUAAAGAAGGGAAUGUUUAUUGAUGUAGCAUUGGCACCCAUUGAGGAAGGAUGGUUAAUUGGUCCAAACUAUAUUUUACCUCCGGGAUGUAAUUUUCGACUGGGAACAGAAGUAUUAGCGAGAUCAAAUUCCAAAAUAGCCACAGCUGCAGGUUCAUUUGAGGGUGAAUGGCGUUGGACAGCAGCGUCUGGCAUUCCAAGAGUCUUCCCGAUAACUCAACAAUACACGAUGGACGAAAUUCAUUUAGCUGAGACCCUUAUCGCAGCAGCUCUAAUUGUAGCAAGCGAAGAAGAAGAGACUUCGCGCAUGGAAACCACGUACGUAGGCCCGUUAACAAGAGUGUCGGAAGAAAAUCGUCGCAACUUUACAAUUAUGUUCGCCUCGGCGGAAAAGAAAUUUAUUAAGAAGGUCACUGAAAUUUGGUCCAAAGAUUCAAAUAUUUCUGCUCAGACAUCGUACAGAUCCAAAGCUUUUGCCCAAGGACAUGUUAAUGAAGUAAGAAAAUUAGAGUCGCAAGACAACAAAAUCAGAAUCGAAGUUGAGAUCACAUUAGUCGUAAAUCAAGGAAAAUUUGACCACCAAGAUGACUUUGAGUCAAUGCUAGAAGGAUCAUCAGUAAUAUUGCGUGUUAGAGAAGGAGCGGGCGGCUUUCGUAUGCAAGCUGAAACUUUCGGAUUUCAUCUCCCAAGCAUUGUCUGUGAACGAGACACCCCUCAAGCCGAAAUUGUCAAAUCGCUUUUGGGCCGAUCAGGGACGAUCGACCGCGUUGAUGAGAGUGAGCUGGCUAAUCUAGAUUUGAAUAUGGAAUGUGUUCGUCAACUGAAUGACAAACAACGACACACACUUGUCCAUUGGUUGAAUCCCGGGGUGGGGCGCGUCCAUUUCACCCAGGCCCCACCCGGGACGGGCAAGACCAAGAUCGCAGCCACAUGUAUUGCAGCAGCGUUGCGAGUGGAGCCAGAAAGCGCAGUGUUGGCCUCGGCCAUGAGUAAUCUCCCAGUGACUAAACUCGUCAUCGAAUCAGCCAGAGCAGAAGUAGCGGUGGACAUGGUUGCAUUCUUUUCUGGAUCAGCACGUGUGAGGUACGGUGAACAAAUUGGACAGUUAGAAGAAUAUUUAUUGGAAGCUAAACUUAGGGGGGAAGAGUACAAGCAGUCGUUAGAGAAGGGUGAAGCGAGAGAAGUUGAAGAAUAUUUGAAAAUAGUCCGUCCCCAGCCACGACAUGCAAGAGAAAAGGCAGUAGGAGAAAUUUUGAUGAGAAGUGACUUCCACAGAGUAGCGUUUGCGACUACAUUUAUGUCAGCAGCCAUCACCGGAGCGCACAGACAGACAACGCAUCUCAUUCUGGAUGAGACGACUCAAAUACCGUUUUGUACUGUCAUGCAUCUGGUCUGUCACAUGCCCGCCUUGAAGUCCGUCUUAUUGACGGGCGAUAAGCGCCAACUGGCUGUUCAUGUAGCUGAGUUGGAAGAAGUAAUCCAGAGAGGCUUCGGCCUUGAAUCAGUAGUUGAACAAAUUGAAGAAUGUGUGCGUGUAACUACCACCACACUUGAGCGUUGCUAUCGAGCACAUCCAGCAAUUGUUGACUGUUUUGACUUCGCGUCUUAUCGUCAGCAUGGCGAGCGUGUAAUAGCAGCAGUAACCGCGGAAGAGCGCGCUGGUUUAACGAAUUCUGGAAUUCAUCUCCCAGUCAAUGGCAUUCCAGUUGUGUUGAUUGAUGUUGAAGGGCAAAAUAUUCAGGAUCCGACUUCAUUCAGCCUAGAAUGCCCGGAACAAACUGAAGUGGUGCUUCGGCUCGUAAAAAUCCUGGAACCGCGCGAUCCAAACAUUGUCAUCAUUUGCUUAUACACCUACCAAGCCGAGAUCAUAAGGCAAACACUUCGGAAAAUUGAUAGUCGUGUAGCUGUACAUACGUGUGACAGCUUUCAAGCUCAGGAACAACGCAUUGUAAUUCUUGUUACCACGCGCACACUUACAAAAGGCACCAGAGCAACCUCGGACUUUAUUAAGGACACGCAGCGAGCGACGGUAGCUUUGUCGCGUUCUCAGCAUGGAUUAUUUGUAGUUGCUGAUUUUGAAGCGAUUAAAGAGGGCGAAGUGUGGCGGCGCUUUAUGCAGCAAGCAGAAAUGUUCACCCCAAUCGUAGACAGCAGAUACUUAGAAGUGAUGGAUCUCCCGAAGAGUUGA